AUGCCACUUACAAUUGAAACCCAUCAAGAAGAAACGUAUGUCGUCCAUGCUAUUGAAGAUGUCGAGCCUGACGAAGAUGAACCUUGGUUUUCAGACAUUCUAAGGUACCUACAAACUUCUGAAUAUCCACUACAUUUUUCAAGCAAAAAUCAAAGGGGUUUGCACCUUCAAUCAGCAAACUUUGUUCUAGAAGGUGGCUUCCUAUACAAAAGGUCUCCCGACGGCCUCAAUCUCCGAUGUGUUGAAAAACACGAAGCACAAAAGGUCAUGGAGACCGUACAUGCCGGGGUCGGUGACACUCACAUGAAUGGGAGAAUGUUAGCUCUCAAAGUCAUUAGGGCUCGGUAUUACUAG